UGGUGAGAUGGGAUGACCCCAAACUUAGCUGGAAUCAGAAGUCUCUGUGAUACUGGCGCUAUCCCUGCUCUCUGCCCGCAGAAGCCAUGAACCUGUAACUGGGGAAGCUUCCCCUCAACCAGUGUGUUACCACCAGAUCUGCAGUACAGAAGCCAGCUGCCCUGUCACCUCAGCAUCCUCCAAAGAGACCCCAUCCCCUGGUAUUCCAGUGCGGUGCAUGUGCCAGAGUAUGCAGAUUAUCUUGUGUUCCAGCUUCAGGGAGGGCAGAACAACCAACGUCUUUUGUCCUCUCUAACAUCCCACAAUAGUCCAUCUGGUAUCACUGGACCUUUCCUGUUGGCCAGAACAUAAAACCUUCUGCAGGAGGGCGGGAGAGCCGGGGCUGCAAGAACCAGGAGGGGGAAAGUGGCUGGUCUGAAAGGGCGGAGUGGGAAAGGAAGCCCCAGCAAGGAGCCGCACCAGCCCCACACGGCACGCUAGGCUGGGAUGACGAGAGGGGAAAGCCAGGCUCUAGGAUGCUGGGGCCAGCUAGGCUAGACCUGCCCACGUGAUCCUCACUGCUUCCAGCCCUCGCCCUGCCUGCCCAUCAUGCUGUGCUCCUGGCGUGGAAAGCUGAAGCUGCUGCUCGCCACUGCAACGCUGGUGAUCCUUCUCUCGUGGCUCUGUGUCUUUGUGGGCAGUUCAGAAUAUGGCCGUUCCCUCCUAUUGUCUCCUUGUUUUGGGGACCGGCCGAGCCAGGACCUGGAGCGAGAGGCCUUGGCAUCUCAGGUGCGCAAGGUGGAAGAGGAGAACCUGCAACUACGUCUGCGGCUCAGCCAGUCUCAGGGACAAGCUGGGGCUGUGGACCGGAGCGAUGGCAGCCAGCAGUGGGCAGCCUCCUUUGAUGAUGGGGACACCCCAGGGGAUGACAGGAGCAACCGCACGGGUUGCCCCAAGCAGCAGAUGGUGCAGAAGUGUGAGCUCCUGCACGUAGCGAUUGUGUGCGCUGGUCACAAUGCGAGCCGAGACGUGGUCACCCUGGUGAAAUCCAUCCUCUUCCACAGGAAGAACCCUCUCCAUUUCCACCUCAUCACGGACUCGGUGGCUCAGCAGAUCCUGCAGACUCUCUUCCAGUCCUGGAUGGUGCCCUCCAUCCACGUUAGCUUCUACAACGCAGACGAUUUGAAGGCAGAGGUGUCGUGGAUUCCCAACAAGCAUUACUCUGGGAUUUACGGGCUGAUGAAGCUGACGCUCACUAAGGCGCUGCCCUCCAACCUCUCCAAGGUCAUUGUCCUGGACACAGACAUCACCUUUGCCACUGACAUCGCUGAGCUGUGGGCCGUCUUCGGGAAGUUCUCCGACAAGCAGGUGAUUGGGCUGGUGGAGAACCAGAGUGACUGGUACCUGGGAAACCUCUGGAAGAACCACAAGCCAUGGCCAGCGCUGGGACGUGGCUUCAACACAGGGGUGAUCCUGCUGCUGCUGGAGCGCCUGCGCCGGAUUGGUUGGGAGCAGAUGUGGCGGCUGACAGCGGAGCGGGAGCUCAUGAGCAUGCUGUCCACCUCGCUGGCAGAUCAGGACAUCUUUAAUGCAGUGAUUAAGCAGAGCCCAGUGCUGGUGUACAAGCUCCCCUGCUUCUGGAACGUGCAGCUGUCCGACCAUACCCUCUCAGAGCAGUGUUACUCAGAGGUCUCUGAUCUUAAGGUGAUCCACUGGAACUCGCCCAAGAAGCUGCGGGUGAAAAACAAGCAUGUGGAGUUCUUCCGGAACCUCUACCUGACCUUCCUGGAGUACGAUGGGAACCUGCUGCGCAGGGAGCUCUUCGGUUGUGCCAGCCUGCCCAGCCCACCCAGAAACCAACUGCAGCAGGCCCUGGAGGAUCUCGAUGAGGAUGACCCCUGCUAUGAUUUCCGCCGGCAGCACCUUAUGCUGCACCGCAUCCACCUGUUCUUCCUGCAGUAUGAGGUCCUGGCCUCACCUGACCCUGCUGAUGUCACCCUGGUGGCCCAGCUCUCCAUGGACAGGUUACAGAUGCUGGAGGCAAUCUGCAAACACUGGGCAGGCCCCAUCAGCCUGGCGCUGUACAUGUCGGAUGCAGAGGCCCAGCAGUUCCUGCGCUAUGCCCAGGGCUCGGAGGUGUUGAGCAGCCGCAGGAACGUUGCCUACCACAUUGUGUACAAGGAGGGGCAGUUCUACCCUGUCAACCUGCUGCGCAACGUUGCGCUGACCAAUGCACAGACACCCUAUGUCUUCCUGACGGACAUCGACUUCCUGCCCAUGUAUGGUCUCUACGAUUACCUCAGGAACUCCAUCCGGCAGCUGGAGCUGCCCCAGCGGAAGGCAGCGCUCAUUGUGCCAGCAUUUGAGACUCUGCGCUACCGUCUUGCCUUCCCCAAGUCCAAAGCGGAGCUGCUCUCCAUGCUGGACAUAGGCUCCCUCUACACCUUCAGGUACCAUGUGUGGCCAAAGGGCCAUGCUCCAACUGACUAUGCCAAGUGGCGGACAGCUACGGUGCCGUACCGUGUGGAGUGGCAGCCGGACUUUGAGCCUUACGUUGUAGUGAGGCGUGACUGCCCCCAGUAUGACCAGAGAUUCGUAGGCUUUGGUUGGAAUAAGGUGUCCCAUAUCAUGGAGCUUGAUGCCCAGGAGUAUGAGCUGCUGGUCCUGCCCAAUGCCUUCAUGAUCCACAUGCCUCACGCCCCCAGCUUUGACAUCUCCAAGUUCCGCUUGAGCGCUGGCUACCGGGGCUGCUUGCAGACACUGCGGGAGGAGUUCCACCAGGACCUGUCGCGUAGGUAUGGCGCCGCCGCACUCAAAUACCUCACUGCCGAGAGGAGCCUGUGAUACUGAGGGACAGCAUGGCGGUGGACUGGAGGGGGAAGGGGACAGACCACUUCCUUCCUACAUGGCUCACUGCCUGAAAGGGAUCAAACCUGCAGCACAGUUUCUCCAUCACAGGAACAUUAGCUCCCACUAGGGAUGGAAAGAAUCAAGAGAAAGGGGCUCUUAAACUGCUCCUAAGUGGCUGAGGGAGCAGAGCCUCAGGGCUGAGGGUCUCCUCACAGCAGCUGAAAGCCUCACCCAGAGACAGGACAACAUUGCUAAUCUCCCAGCAAGGGGGCUACCUGGAGCCUAUUUCCCACUUCAAGGGCCAUGGUGGGAUUGGUCCCUAUCGUUCAGUUUCCAGAGCUUUGGCCAGUGUGAAUGACCCCAGUGAUGGGGCUCCCAGGCAGUCCCCUGGGGCACUUGCCAGAAAGCUUUACCUGAUGUUCUGCAAGAUGCUCCCUUGCUUGGUUUCAUCAGCUCCUUCCCUUUGCACCCUCUGGGCUUUGCCUCCUUCAGAGCCCUGCAGUUAUUGCUGUCAGGUGUAGCUUAGCCCUGCAAGACAGGCUGAACUUAAUUCUUAAUUUCUUCUGAUGAACCUCUUCUUCCCCUUCUCUCCUCCCCCCCCCCC